AUGGCGAAACUCACGACGGAUUCUCCAGUCUCCCGGAAAAUUGUCCAUUCUUUCUUGGAUUUUCUCGAUUCCGUUGAGGUUGCUCCUGGUGUUGACGAAGAAGGGCUUGAGGUUGCUAAAGAAUGCUUAAAGGAAUCGUUUAAAAUCACUUCAGAUUCUACACGAGAUUAUAAGCUGAAUCCCAUUUCGCUUGUCAAUAUGUUCACUUCAUUGGAUAAAACUGUGCCUAGCUUUGUGGAAACCACUCGAGGGGUUACAAUCAAUGAGCCUAGCUCCUCGUCAGGUCCUAACUUGUCACAUCCUCAAGUCUCAGUGAAUGCAAGCAAAAAGCCUCUCUUUACUGGAACUUGUAGAGACGAACUCUUUACACAACUCUUGGGUGCGCUUGAGAAAGUACGGUAUUUUAGGAGCACACCUGAUGGAGAUGAUGAUCCUGCUCAGCUGGAAAAAGCAACGAAAAUAUUUCAUGAUGCAAUUAAUGAAAUGGAAAAGUCUGGAUGCCAAACUUUUGAUGUGAAAAACUUGGCAGAAACACUCAAGAGCCAAGGUAACAAUGCAAUGCAGUCCCAGCUUUACCUGGAUGCAAUCGAGCUGUAUUCUUUCGCAAUUGCGCUAUCGGAUAACAACGCUGUUUUCUACUGCAACAGGGCCGCUGCAUAUACACAGAUCAACAGGUGCUCAGAAGCAAUUAAGGACUGUGUUAAAUCAAUUGAGAUUGAUCCAAAUUAUAGUAAAGCGUACAGUCGACUUGGCUUAGCAUAUUAUGCUCAAGGAAAGUAUGCUGAUGCCAUCGAGAAAGGGUUCAAGAAAGCUUUGCAGCUGGAUCCGCAUAACGAAUCUGUAAAAGAAAACAUCAGGGUGGCUGAACAAAAGCUAAGAGAAGAACAGCAACGGCAGAGACGUAGUCAGAAUACGAGCACGGGACACAAUCAAGAACCGGAAAUGGGAGGAGGCCAGGGAAUGCCAUCUCAGUUCUCGAUGCCUUUAAACCCUGAUUUGAUGAGCAUGUUCAUGAACAUGGCCGGAAACACAUUCCCGGUAAAUCAUUCUCGCAGUAACGGUGGAGGAGAAGGAGGAGGAGGAGGAGGAGAUGGUAACGGAAAUGGUAUGGAUGGGCCUGAGGUUCGUGUGGAUGGGCCUGAGGUUCAUGUAGGACCUAUCAACUUUGAUAUCGGAGGCGCGGACCAAGUGCCGGUAGAGUUCUCGGGUGCGUUACGAUCAAUGAUGCAGAUGUUUGGAGGAGGGUCACAGGAAGGCACUACUGGUAAUAAUAACAAUCCUCAAGGUGCACAUGAAAGACCACCUGGAAAUCAACCUUAG